AUGAGCUACACUACACAGGAGGAGACUGCGAUUCUGUUCCAGGAUGAAAAUAUAUACCUACUCGACAUCCCGCAUUCAAUUGCGCUGGCGCAGGAAGGGAGGCCAACACCACAGCAACCAGCCCCAGAAUCAACGCCAGGAACAGAAAAGAACACACACAGGAAUAUACGGAACCUGCUUUCAUGCUCACCUAUAAAAGAGCCAUUCCCCUCUACCGAGCCGAAAAGGCCAGCUGCUCUCGCCAAGGUCCUCGACACCAUUCCUAUCUCCGAGAGGCGGUUCCACUCGGAACUGAUACUGCCACUCGUGAGGGAUUCUCUCGAGACUAUCAGGGCCGGGUUUUCCCAUGAUCGUCCAUGGUGUGAGGCUCGAGCUGUGCCUAGUGAACCCCAUGACAGCACAGCGCCGAACCAGCAUCCACGGAAGCGGCGGAGGGGAAACGAUUAUACGUGCUUAGAGUCUGCGCCGGAUGACCAUGAUUCGACUAAAAAUGAACCACCAAUUAUUCUAUCGACUACCUCGCUGAAUGAUUUCGAGGCUUUAUCAGAUCUUGCCAUUGUCAAGAAUCCAUCACCAGAGCCCGCAAUCCUCAGGGUUAAACGCUGGCACCGUGAUGAAACGAAUUCUCCUCCGUGUGAAUAUAUGGUCCCACCCGAGUCGAGCUUUGUGCUUUGUACACUGCCUCUAUUUAAAAACGAAGUCGACUGUCCUUCUACAUCCAAUAACUAUCCCAUCCCUGGGCUCCCCCAGCACCAGAAGUUCAAUCUCAUCCUCAUGGACCCGCCCUGGCCAAACAAAUCCGUGCGACGCAGCAGGCACUACCAAACACAUCACUACUCUGAGAUGGAUGUGCUUACCGAAGGGCUACGAGACAUACUCCGCGUACACUCGCACGACCAUAAAACAAAACAGGGGCCACGCCAAUCUGAAACCCACCCCAGACCCGCGAUCCGAAGCGAACAGUCUAUAGCUGCUAUAUGGAUUACGAAUGCCGAAAAGGCCCGGCGAGCAGCAUACGAGGCCUUGAGCGGCGCAGGCUUUUGCAUCUGUGAGGAAUGGAUCUGGGUCAAGACCACAUGGGACGGACAAGCGAUCUCAGCACUGGAUGGUCUUUGGCGAAAACCGUAUGAGAUCCUUGUCAUUGGCCGCAAGAGUAGUCUUGAUGUCGACAUCAACGGUACCUCGAACAAUGCACCGACCCUGCCUCAAAUGGAUGAUCUGACGCGCAUGAGUGAGACCAUUACCACGAGACGAGUCAUCGCUGCGGUUCCGGACUUGCAUUCUCGUAAGCCGAACCUGAAAUCUAUUUUUGAGAAUGUGUUUUUCACGGAGGCGGGUCAACUCCAGGAGUAUUCUGCCGUCGAGGUGUUUGCGCGCAACUUGACGGCUGGCUGGUGGGCUGCUGGUAAUGAGGUCCUCCGGUUCAAUGCCCGUGAGUGCUGGGUCGACCUUGGGAGCAAGAGGGUGCAGACAUGCUUGAACGUGCAUGACCCAAAUUUUCAUCACAAAUCUUCUACUCUGUAUGAUUCUUCGGAAAUGGCUAAAGACCAAGAAAAUGGUUCAGUCAAUGACAGUUCGGAGCGUCCGAAAUGCUUCACCAGCACAUUCCAAGAAGUCCUCUUCGUCCUAACUGCCACAAUGGCCAUUGGCCAGCAGUCAUUCUUCCAGGGCUGUAUCGUGGGGGUAACCGCAUCUAUUGGCAAGGAUCUACAUAUGAAUUCUGCUGAAAUUACUUGGAUCAAUGCCGGUGCUUCCCUCACAAGCGGCGCCUUCCUACUCACCUUCGGGAAGUUAGCCGACAUGUUCGGACGCAGGGUACUCUUCAUCAUCGGUAUGGCCGGUUUCACCAUCUCUCUACUCAUCGCCGGCUUCGCAACAAACGCCAUCUACAUGGAUGUCUUCUCGGGGAUUUUGGGCUUAUUCGCCGCCGCCGUCGUCCCACCCGCCGUCGGCGCCCUAGGCGCUACUUACGAGAAACCCUCAAAGCGCAAGAACCUUGCCUUUGCGUGCUUCAGCGCGGGGAACCCGCUUGGAUUUGUCGGCGGCAUGAUUAUCUCGGGUGUGGCGGCGCAUUUGUAUAACUGGCGCGCUUCUUUUUGGGCUCUCGCUGUUGUCUAUGCUAUCUUUACCGUUUUGACCGUAUGGACGGUGCCGGCUGAUGGGUUUGCCAGGACGCCUUUGAGCGUCCAGGCUUUGAAACAGUUUGAUAUUCUCGGAAUGGCGUUGGUUGUUGUUGGGUUUGCGUUCUUUUCGAGUUCGCUUUCUCUCGCUGCAGAUGCACCAGAUGGUUGGAAAACGGGAUACGUCCUUGCUCUGUUUAUUGUGGGCUUUUUCCUUCUCGUGGCAUUUCUGUAUUGGCAGUCCGUUGCUGCACACCCUCUGAUGCCUCUUUGGGUCUGGCGAGAUCGCAACUUCUCUCUUCUCAUCGGAACUUGCUGCCUUGGCUUUAUGGGUUUCUCUGCCGUCAACUUCUACCUCGCUCUCUACCUUCAAGACGUGAAACAUCUGUCUGCCCUUGAGAUCACCGUCCAGCUACUCCCAAUGGUUGUCAGCGGGGUGCUGGUCAAUAUCGUCUGUGGUCUUGUCCUGCACCGCGUGAGCAACAAAGUACUAACCGGAAUCGGAGCACUGGCCUAUACAGCCGCGUUCCUUAUUCUGAGCUUCAUGAAGCAAGAAGCUAGCUACUGGGCAUUUGUCUUCCCAGGGUUGAUUCUUGUCGUUGUUGGUGCUGACAUUCAAUUCAACGUCACAAAUAUGUAUGUAAUGUCCACCCUCCCACCUUCCCAGCAAUCUAUCGCCGGUGGAAUCUUCAACACCGUCAACAAGUUGUGCAGCAACCUGGGCCUCGGUAUUGCUACUUCGGUGCAAAGCUCGGUGGCCCUCCGAAUGACCGCCUCCUCACCUGCGAUUCGGCCUUACCUCUCGGUUUAUUGGUUUGCGGCUGCGGCUUCCGGAGUGUCUCUGGUUUUGGUGCCAUUCUUGACAAUUGGUAAACAGGGCAAUUCUGUCCCGAAAAAUGACCAGUUGAUUUCUGGCGAGGAGGCUGGUGAGAAGACAGCUGUUACUGCUAAUACCAAUUCUGUGGUUUCUUCUGCUGCUGAUAUUGUGGACCACGAGAGGGGAUAG